AUAAUAUGAUGAGAAUGAUAAAACUGGACAUUUAAUAAUUUGCACGGCCAGAAUCCGGCGAACGGGCUGGGUCGACUGUACGGGGGCGCGUGUGCUUUAAGCAGUUCUCCGGUCCCGGGCGCUCCGGACACCCACGUCAGCAGAACGUUUUUCCAGCACAAACGGGUUUCGGUCUUUCGGGCAAAGCAGGAAGUGAACGCCGUUCGCCCUGAUAACAAAAUCUGGAGAAAUACAUCCAAAGUACACACAGAGAAAUGGAGAUGGUUUGUGAAAGUGGGACAUGUAGACCCUACCGGAGCGCGGGUGAAGCAGGGCAUGCGUCUAUUCACAAAUGGACCAGUGCAGAUAUGUCAGCCAUUCACCAGAGUUGUUUGCUAAAACAACUGGACCAGCAGAGGCAACAGGAAUUGUUUUGUGACUGCAACAUAUUGGUGGAGGGUCAGAUUUUCAGAGCACAUCGUAACGUCCUAUAUGGCAGCAGCGGAUACUUCCGGAUGUUGUUGUCUCAGGGAGCUAAAGACACUCUGGAGUCAGUAAAUGCUUCUUUUGAUGUCUUCAGCUCAGAAAUUUUCUCCAUCAUCCUGGACUUUAUUUACUCUGGUCACCUGGAGCUCAACAGCUCCAAUGUAAUAGAGGUGAUGUCAGCCGCCAGCUACCUGCAGAUGAAUGAUGUCAUUUCCUACUGCAAGACCUUCAUUAAAUCUUUUCUCGACAUCAGUGCAAAAGAAGAUGGUGAGGGGCGAUACCUGUGUCUGUCGGACAGCAUGGAGCGGUCCCAUGACAGACGUGAGAAUGUCAUCGAGCCCUCCACCUUGUGUGAUGUAAACAUGAGCUCUCAGACCAGACUCUGGGAGCAUCAAGAGGAGGACCAUAUCAAAGAAGACAUCACAGGAGCCAUAGCGUCCAGCCCAGAGCCAUCAGGGCUACAGCAGAAUUCUUCUCCACAUCCAAGUCUAGAGUCUCAAAUUGAUGAGGAGCAGUUCAGCCCUGUGCUUCCUGAAUGCAGGAGAAGAGGAAGCAGGAAGAGAACUGCCACCAGUCGCUUGGUAACUGAAGACACUUCUCUCAUUGACCUACAGGGGGUUGUAUCACACUGCUCUCAAAAAGCAGAUGAGCUGUACGCCAGCCUGCCAUCCAUUGUUGGGGUGGUUGGGGUGUUUAAUAAAGAUUCCACUCCAUCAAUGCGUUACAAAUGUCCUUUCUGCACGCACACAGUAAAGAGGAAGGCCGAUUUGAAGCGUCACCUGCGCUGUCACACAGGGGAGCGUCCGUACCCCUGUCAGGCCUGCAGCAAGCGUUUUACCCGUCUGGAACACCUGCGCAGCCACUUUGAGACGAUCCACCAGGCCCGUAAGCUGGUAUGCAGAAAGUGCAAACGGCACGUAACUGAGAUCAAUGGACGAGUGGUGAGCGAGGGAACUCGUAGAUACAGACUGUGUGAUGUUUGCAUUCAGGAGAGCGGUUAUAGCGAGUUAGUCACAGAUGAAGACGGCGAGAAGGAAGGCCUGUUGUUGGGGGUGGAAGAAGAGACGAGUGAGGACAGAGAAAUGACAUGGGCCAUGGACGAUGAUGAUCUCGCAGAGGAUUCAGGCACAGAUCUCAUCAUCCAAGAAGUCGAAGAUAGCGAUGAGGACACUAGUGGAAAGUGAUGAUGAUGGUGGUGAUUUUUUUAUUUAUGUGUGUGAGGGGUGUGUCCACAAAGAAGAAGGAUGAGACUUCUGGACAGUUUCGUGAAUUAUAAUUUCAUAUGAGAGAUGCUUGGGCAUUUUGUAAAAUAAGAUUUUCUCAUUAAAUAUAUGAAGUAUUAAAGUGCUUUUAUAAAAGUAUAUUUCUGUAAUUAAAAAAAGAAAAUAUAUAUAGGUUAUUUCAAAAGACAUGUAGGCCUAUAGGAGAAAUGGACAGUGUGGUUCAACACAAUACAAAUGGGACAGAAUUUUCUGACGUUCUGAUGUUAUCGUCAUUGAUCAUACAUUUUUACAUCAGCUUUCAGUUUUCACACUUAGUUAAGACGAGGGUAAACGUAGCCUAUAUCAUUUUGUGUACUGUGUUGCAUGGAUUCAAAGUGUCAUUUGCCUACUUUUUGUUGUGUGUUUUUCUUAUUUAUGUCAAAACCUUUCCAAAAACAACUAUACAA